GUUGUCAGCAAUCAAUUUACAGAGUUUGAACUCUCCUAUAGUAUUGCGAGAAAUGUAUGGCUCGUAUUUCUUGAUCACACCAUGAUUGUAAACCUGAUUGCAACUUCUUAAUUGCUCCUUUCGUUCUUCACCCCUUCUCUUCUCCCUUGUCCUAUUGCAACUUUUUGAUUACUCGACCGUGGAUCGAACUAUAACAACAUUUUCCUGUGAUGAACAAUCAAAGAGCCAUAGCCAGCACAAGCUGGAACAGUGAAGAAGACAAUGAUCAAGACGAACAUAUUAGAGAAAUCCAUGCACUGACCCCAUCUAGCCUACAGCCACCACCCCCUCGGAGAGAAAUUGCUUGGGAAACGGGUAGCCACAGAUCAUCAAAUCUGUCCACGGCCAGCAGUACUGAAAGUGAAAAUUUCACCACCAUGAGUAGAGAAUUCAAUGCUCUAGUUCUUGCCGGAUCCUCAAUUGGAAACAGCAAUAGCCGCCCGGAAAACGACGUUCCCAUGGUGGCGAAUAGUGGGAACAACUUGGGGAGGAUCCGAGAGGAAGUGCCGGAGGAAACCAACCCUUUGGCAAUCGUGCCUGAUAAUAAUCCUCUCGAUAUUUCCGUCCCCGUGCAAUCGCCACACGGUAGUCAAAGGGAAGUGUCGGUGCAGAGUGUGAAGAAAGAAGAGGUGGAAUCGAAGAUUAAUGCAUGGCAGAAUGCAAAGAUAGCGAAAAUUAAUAAUAGGUUUAAGAGGGAGGAUGCUGUGAUAACUGGUUUGGAAAGUGAGGAAGUGCAGAAGGCAACUUCUUGGAUGAAGAAAGUUGAGAGGAAGUUGGAAGAGAAAAGAGCAAAAGCCCUUGAGAAAAUGCAGAAUGAUAUAGCAAAAGCACACAGAAAAUCAGUGGAAAAAAGAGCAUCAGCUGAGGCCAAAAGAGGUACAAAAGUGGCUAGGAUUCUUGAAAUUGCCAACUUGAUGAGGGCCGUAGGUCGACCUCCUGCUAAGCGUUCCUUCUUCUAAGCUCUGUAUAUACAAGAGUUUAGAAUUUUUCGUUGUUUGAUUGAGUACUGUAUUGUUUUGCACCAAACGUGCAUUAGCACAAGUCCCUUAUAUGGAGUGUGGCAUUGAAUGCAUAAAAUAAAUGGCUAUGUAAUGUCACAAUGGCUAUAUAAUUUUGGCUGUCGUAGUUAUCUUCACCAACAACGGUGAGAUUCAAAAGGUUUUAUGAUUGGGAGUGGUCAAGUGUUACCGGGGCUUCCCGGCUACCUGAUAGAACAAACAUUGUAUGAAAUGUCUAAAAUUAGUUGCACUAUGAUCCGUGAUAUCUGAAUUUCAUCUGAUUUCUAUUCUA